AGGAGAAGAAGAAACGUCGACUUCCGGUUAAGAUGGCGGCGCUGUUUUGUUAGCGGCGAGUAAGCAACAACAAAGACCAGCGCUUAGACGUUUUUAGUUCGUCUUUUAGUUUAACAGUUAACAACUUUAUCUGUUGUUUAAUUCAAGGACUGUAUCUGUCCGCAGCCGUCGUCAUGGAAACAGAGGAGCAGGCCAGGAACCGGUUCCAGUCGGAGCUGGAGUUCAUCCAGUGUUUGGCGAACCCGAACUACCUGAACUUCUUGGCUCAGAGAGGUUUCCUCAGAGAGAGACCGUUCAUCAACUACCUGAAGUACCUUCUGUACUGGAAGGAGCCUGAAUACGCCAAGUUCCUCAAGUAUCCUCACUGCCUCCACAUGCUGGAGCUGCUGCAGUACGAACACUUCAGGAAGGAGCUCGUCAACGCUCAGUGCGCCAAGUUCAUCGACGAGCAGCAGCUGCUGCACUGGCAGCACUACUCCAGGAAACGCACCCGGCUGCAGCAGGCGCUCGCCGAGCAGCAGCAGCAGCCGCAGCAGCCGCCGCACGGGAACGCCGCCACCAAGUGACGGCGCCCCCCGGAGGUGGGAGGAGGACGGUACAUAGGAACACGCUGACGUCGACAUGUGUCAGCCAUUUUUCUUCUUUUUUUGUACAUAAAGACUUGAAUGUUUUCGAUGAGCAUCCUUUGAAACCAGGACGAGACUGACACACACACUGAAAACUCUGCGAUGAUAUUCAGGCCAAUUUAUCAGUCGAGCAUGAGUGUGUGGAGUUUAUCAUUAGUUUAAAAUAAAUAAAUGGACUCGGUUUCUCUCAGUGA